UGCCUUGCGGCAGCCGUCGUGGCCACGUGACCGCGCUUCACUCAGUGUGGCGGUCACAUGACCCGGGGAAGAUGGCUGCGUUAACAGCAGAAAACUUUGCAGCACUCCAGAGCUUGCUGAAGGCCUCCUCAAAAGAUGUUGUCAGACAGCUAUGCCAAGAGAGCUUUUCCACUUCAGCCCUUGGCUCGAAAAAACUCUUGGAUAUUACGUGUUCCAGCUUGUCUGUGACCCAGGAGGAGGCAGAGCAACUGCUCCAGGCUCUGCACCGCCUUACCAGGCUAGCAGCGUUCCGUGACCUGUCCUCCGCUGAGGCGAUUCUAGCUCUCUUUCCUGAAAAUUUCCACCAAAACCUCAAAAACCUGUUGACAAAAAUCAUCCUAGAACACAUAUCUACUUGGAGAACUGAAGCCCAGGCAAAUCUGAUCUCUCUGCCACGCCUGGUCGACCUGGACUGGAGAGUGGACAUCAAAACUGCCUCAGACAGCAUCAGCCGCAUGGCCGUCCCCACCUGCCUGCUCCAGAUGAAGAUCCAGGAAGACCCCAGUCUAUGUGGGGACAAACCCUCUGUCUCAGCUGUCACUGUGGAACUGAGUAAGGAAACUCUGGACACUAUGUUGGAUGGGCUGGGCCGCAUCCGGGACCAGCUUUCUGCCGUGGCCAACAAAUGAGCCCAGCCAGCUGCCGGCCCCACUGCCACACUCCGUCUGCUCGUCAGUGGUGGAGCGCCUCCCAGCACCCGGUGGGCCACUCUGUCUCAACAGCUGCACUGACAGCAGGCAGUGGGAUGGCGGGGACAGAGGGAGGACUGCCAUCCAGAAGGCACAGUUGGAUUGGGAAGAAGCAGCCAUGCCCCCACGCUGUUCUCAUUUUCUCUUUCCAAAGCUGGUGAACGGAGGAGAAGCAUCUAUCUUUGAAAGGCUCCUGUGUGCAACUUAAUUACUGCUGUGACAGUGUGGAGGGGCAUUUGCUUCAGCUGCCUCUGCAUCGCUGAUUGGAAAAUUCAGGCCCAAACUGUAGAACUUGUCUAAUAAGUUCCUUUCCAGCAUUAGUUCUGAUUAACUCAUUUCCAAACCUGGAACAUGUGGAGAGAAUCUGGUGGCUGAUGCCAGUCACAGAAGCCAGGUAGGUCCCGCAGAACAGGGCCACUGCAGUGUGGCCUCUUGCCCUGAGUCCAGAGCCUUUCCCAGCGCCCUCCGCCUCCUGGGCCUCCUUUCAGCAUAGGAAGUCUGAAAUGGGGGCUAAUUCCCUUCUCCAUGAAGCCGGGGUCCCCUUCCUUGACAUAAAGCAGCCACUCCAGGGUGAAGAAGUGGGAGUGAUUGGAAAUAAAUGACAGUUCUGAAAACUUCA